UGCCUCUGCCUGGCUCCCACCUACGAGCUGGCCCUGCAGAUCGGGCGCGUGAUCGAGAGGAUCGGGCAGUUCUGCGCCGACAUCAGGGUGAUGUACGCCGUCCGGGGAAACCGAGCUCCGCAGGACGCCGCGGUGCAGGAGCAGAUCGUCAUCGGGACUCCGGGGACGGUGCUGGACUGGUGUUUCAAACGGAGGGUCGUAGACAUGACGAAGAUCAAGAUGUUUGUGCUGGACGAAGCUGACAUCAUGAUAGACACGCAGGGCUUAUCCUGUCAAAGCAUUCGCAUUCAGAGGGCUUUACCCACGGGCUGCCAGAUGCUCCUCUUCUCCGCCACCUUCAGGGAGAGCGUGCGGUCCUUUGCCACGCGCAUCGUCUCCAACCCCAUCACCAUAAAGCUGCGGGAGGAAGAGCUCACCCUCGGCAACAUCCGGCAGUACUUCUUCACGUGCAGGAACCAGGAGGAGAAGUACAGAGCCCUCUGCAACAUCUACGGCAGCAUCACCAUCGGCCAGGCCAUGAUCUUCUGCCAGACUCGGAGGAGCGCGGACUGGCUGUCGGUGGAGAUGAGCCAGGACGGGCAUCAGGUGGCCCUCCUGACGGCGGACCUGACGGUAGCCCAGCGGGCCAACGUCAUCCAGCGCUUCCGGGAAGGGAAGGAGAAGGUCCUCAUCGCCACCAACGUCUGCGCCAGAGGGAUCGACGUGCAGCAGGUGACCAUCGUGGUGAACUUCAGCCUCCCCACCAAGCGGAACAGCCAGCCGGAUUUCGAGACCUACCUGCACCGCAUCGGGCGCACGGGCCGCUUCGGGAAGAAGGGCAUCGCCUUCAGCAUGGUGGAAAGCCAGGACGUGAGGCUCGUGCAGAAGAUAGAGGAGCAUUUCCAGACAAAGAUCAAGCAGCUGGACCCGGAUGACAUGGAUGAGCUCGAGCAGCUUGAAAACUGA